UCCUUUUUUUGAACUUCAUAAUAUAAUGGCCAAUCAGUGGCUGUCAAACAUUUUAUCCCUGGCUUAGCUUUCUAUAUACACAGGGGAUGUUUCAUAAGUAUAUUUCUUCAAUAGGUUGGUUGUUCCCAAGUAUCAUGUAUAUAGGGUCCAGUGCACAAGCAUGCUAUCUCUUCUUGUGCUGGCAACGGGCAAUGAUAAAAAGCGUCAAACUCUUAAUGGUACCAGUAAACCACUCGUAUUUGUAGAAAAUUUUACAAAACCAAAUGAAGUCGAGCUAAAUGCAAACUAGACAGAAAUAAGACAUUUCCUGUCGCAAAAUUUCUAUCAUUCAAAAUUCACGAUUUUUACGAAGUGAUGAUUCAUUAGAUGAAGAGAACAAUCGCCACAAGUUAUCCACUUAACAAAUCAUGACUCCAAGCCUUUCAGUAGAUUAAACCGCACCAUCGUUUAUUCGAUUUUAAGGUAUGCGUCUAACGUACAGUUAGCGGAUAUGAUAUUCUGAUGAAUAAUGGUGUCUUUUUCUUAUCGCCCAACGGACCGUUAAUAUUUACUAGAUAACACACAUGCGUUGUGAAACAUUGAUUUCAUAAACGUGUAUGGGUUUAAACAGAUCAAAACGCGUUGUGUCUGGGAAAUACAUACACAGGUUCUCAGCACAGACACUGUCAUUGUUAAAAUUGGAUUGUUAACAUGUUGACCAGGACAGCAAAAAAUAAUUCGCUGCACAAUCAACCUUGAUAUACGCAGCCAGACGGGCAUGAUGUACCAGGGCGAGGCUAUUCGGGGCACACAGGACCACGUAUAUUAUCAUAUGCAAAACCAGGUUGGACCACACCAAGGGACACAGGGCCAUGGUUACUACCAAAGUUUUGGAGCCCCAGCUCCGCCUCAACCUGGUCAAAACACAGUCAGCUUACGGGACAGCGCACUAGAACAAAACUCGAACAAUAACGCUAAUAGAAUCCCUGGCCAGCCUACCUCACUGUCAACGAGUAACUCCUUGGCACUACAGCCUUCUACAUCACAGCCAUCGAAUUCAUCCCAAAGACGCAACAUGCAGCAAGGAUAUAACAAUAUCCAAUCGGCCUCGUCCCUCGUAGCAGCCACUAACAAAUCUACAAGGACCAAAAGACAUCAAAGCAAUGCUGGACCAUCAAAACAGAAAGGCAAAGAAAUUGAGGUUGCGGAUGGUAACCUCACGCUUGAAUUGCCAGCGGCUGGUUCCACAGAAGAGCAACCGCCAGAUGGCGGUGCCGUUGCAUGGGGAAUUGUUCUUGCUUGCACAAUUCUAAACGCAUGUAGCACUACGUGUUUGAUGAUACUUUCGUUUAGUGCUGAAAGUAUGAAGGACGAUAUUGGUGAGGACGAAACUGAGAGCAUCACUACAGCGUGUAAUGAAAUCCGACUAUUGGCAGGGCUUGGUCUGGCCUGCUGGUACCUAUGUGCCAUCAUACCAAUACUGGAGUACUUUCAAAGGCGACGUCUCUUCGCUCUGGUGUUGUCGAACCUGGGCUCUAUUGUCUCAUUGAUCAUCGUUCUCGUUGUGUAUGUAGAGAUGACCAAGGUGGGCAACCAGAUGAACAGGACAAACACUUUGCAGUACUUGGCGAUCCCCGGAGCUGUUGGACUAGCUGCUUCCUUCUUCCUACGGCCUUUGCAAUUGAGGAUGAAUGAUAAAACCGGACAGAGCUUUGUUGAAGCAACGCUAGGAGUUUUAAACUUAAAAUUAUUCAAAGACUUGACGCUGUAUUUAGUAAUGUUGGUGUACUUCUUCGACCAAUUUGGUCGUGGCAUACCAAAUUCCUAUAUCACAGUGAUGAUGACCGAUAAGGAGUUUUCGAUCUGGGAGAUAAUCAUACAGCUCUUCAUGGUCCCUGCUGGCAACCUGAUUGGUUUGGGUUUCCUUAUCUUCUGGAAGCAUAAAGACCUUCUCGUAGUACUCUCACUAUGGGGACCCAUGGACCUGUUUCUCGGCUUUAUGUCACUGCAGCUUCCUGCCUUCGACAAAUUUGGAUGGGUCGCCAUCUACUCGGUCUUAUUUGGAAUCACCCAAGCGAUCGCCACAUCCCUCUUAAAUAACACAGUGCCGGAUGCGUUUGGGGUCAUCAACAUCCGACUAGUGACAGCUUUGCUGGGGUUUACAGCCGGAGUCGGUCAGAUCGUCGCCUCUCCAGCUGCAGAGGAUGCUAAACACGAGGAUGAUGAUUAUGCUAGGCCCUUUUAUGUCGCUGCUAGCAUGUUGAUCAUAGCAGGAGUAUGUGCUCUUUUGUCCAGAUAUAUUCUCAUCCGGAAAAAAUCUAAAGAAUCGGCAUCAAAGGUGAACGACCAAGUUGAUAAUGAGGCUGGUGGCGAUGACGAUGAGCCAGGCGAAAAUGACGAGUCAUCAGAGCCUCAGGAUGAUAACUCUGAUAUCGCUGAAAUUCUUAAUUCUGCAAAUGAAAUUAUCGAAGAGGUAGAUAUCACGGAUAUGGAGUAGUAAGUGGAACGUUUUGUCAUGAUACACCUUUGGGAGGGGAUAUCUAUGCAUGGUUGUUUUUGCCGUGUUUGAAUUUUCAACUCUGACAUCACAGAUACACGUGAUGUUCCGACUUGUUUUUUUCAAUCCGCCUUGCGUAUUCAUUUCUCAAUAUAAUGUUUUUAAUUGUAACGAAGGUGAAAGAAGAACUAACCAUUAUCAUUGCUAACCAGUGCGAGUGAUUUGAUAUUUGCUGAUAAUUCUCCUAUGAAAUGCAUUGAACAAGAUAUGGAAACAAAAACAAAAACCACCACGUCAAUCAAUAACAGAUUUGAAUAAGAAUUGUUUUAAUCACACAUUCUAAUAUCAAACAUUGACGUAUAACUUAUGAAUUAUGUAUUUGAUUGUGUAUUUGUUUACUUUGAUGGAUUUGACAAUGUUUCACCGUGUGUGUGUGAUAGGAAAUAAGAAUAUAAAUAGUACAUACUAAUUAUUAAUCAUGCUUACCAGUUCUAUAAUACAGUGUAGAUUUUUGCUGAACUAAAAUACAAUUGGGAUCGGGUUAUUUUGCGCACCCAGUUAUAAAGACAGGAAAAUCACUGUAUUGGUAUUCUUUUCGUGUUUGUUAAUGUUGUAGUUUUCAGUAAUUAUUCCUUUUAUGACAAGUAUUUCCUAUUUGGUAUGGUAAUUUCGGGGGGAUCCGUUCACUGUUACCAGCAAAAGCUGGCAACAGCCACAACUAAUGAAGGAGCAGUAUGGAAAGAAAUGCGUAGGAAACUUAGCAUGAGAAAAUACUUAACUUGAAUUCCAAAGAGGGAAAUGAAAGUUGUUUGCAAACAAUUUUAAAAGUACAGCUGCAUUAUCCGACAUUUUCUUCUUUUUAUUAUCUACAAUUACACUGCAAAAAGACAUGUUCCCGCUACAUAAUACUUUGUCCAUCAAUAAAGGUUUUAGGAGACUUGUUUACAAUUUCAGGAUAGAAAGGGGAGAUAACAUUCAAUUUGUGCAAAUGUAUAAUUCAAACACAACUGAUAACCUAUGACGAAGCUAUAAACAUAUCGGCUGACAUUGAAAUAUAAAACCUUUCCUGAAACCAAUAUUGUUUACAGAUGUUGUUUUCUCACAGCAUUAAAGUCGGCGCAUAUUAUUUUAGCAAAGUAGCCCUAGAUCUCGAGCCACGCGUACGAAAAUUUCACUUACAACUGCAAUUUUGCCACAAGUUUCCGUUGUUUGUUUUACCGCAUGAUAAACGAUAUAAAACUGAUUUUUCACAGAAAAUGUUAUUUUUCAAUAAGACAUGGUAUUUUGUAUAGAACUCGGGUAAAGCACCGGCGUACGCUUGCCUUUUCAACAAAACAAAUUGUCUUUCUUUAUCUUAACGUGAGAAAGCAGAAUAUGUUUACCGGGAGAACGAACUAUUUUGACGUAAGCUGCGAAAACCAUACGAAUACCUUUGUGAAACGGAUUUAAGAAGUUCGUAGGUUUUGCUUAUGUUUUCGUAAAUAUUAACGAAAAUUCGUAGGUUUCGAAGGUUUGUGAAACAGUACACUCACUGUUAAGGACUCCGUUUUGAGAAGCUUCAAGAAGUUGUAAAAUUGCUGACAAAUUACAUCAAUGGACAAUUUUCACAAAUUUUGCUCACUGUUACCGCAGUCUCCGAAUGUGCGUAUAUUUAGCUGUAUGAUAAUGCGUAUUUUGCCCGCAACCUUUCUCGACAUUCAGAACUUUGUCUCAUUCUCAAAACAUAUUAUUGCAGCAAAGAUGAGACACAUGUGACGUUGAUUAUUUGUUUUUGUUUAACGUCCUAUUAACAACCAGGGUCAUUUCAGGACGUGACAGGUUUUGGAGGUGAAAGAAAGCCGGAGUAUCCGGAGAAAAA